AUGUUCCAGGCUGGUGCCCCUUCCCUCAGAGCGCGCCGCUCCCCGCCGUGGCCGCCGCCACCCCCCUCUCGCCGCCGCCCCCACCCCACCCCGCCCCGCCUCGCCACCUGUACCAGAGACGCCGCGCCGCUCCCCGCCACAGCGGCGCGGCCCGGCCCGCGCUGCCCGCCACUACCCACCGGACAGCGCCUCCGCUCCCCGCCGACCGCGCGCCGCCGCCGCCGCCUCGCCGGCCGAUCCCGCUGCGCUGCGCCCGCUGCGCUCCGCUCGGCUCCGCUCGCCGCCUGUGCCGGGGCGCGGCUCGGGGCCGUCGCCGUGACGCCGCACGCCCAGCCUCGCUCUGGCGCGGCGGGGGCGGAGGGAGGGGCGGGCGCGGGGAGGGCUGACCCCGCGCGCGCCCCCCGCGCAGGCGCGCGGCUGCCCCGGCCCGGCCCGGCCCGGUGGCGGCGGGGACCGGGGAGCGGGGCAACGCCGGCCCUCUGUCCGAGUUCCUGUGCGCUCCAGGUGCGAGCUGCGGCUCGAAGGAUGUUGAGAUCCGGUGAAGGGUGUUCCAGAGAUGCCGCAUGCUGCGGGUGUUACGUGGAUCGUUAUGCCUUUGGAUGUGAAGAGUCUAUCGUUGGUCUUGCCCAUACAAAGCAGGGUUCCCAAUGCCUGCAAAUAAUUACGGCGCUAGCUUUUCUGUUACUUUCGUCCUAAAAUAUGUAAAUCAAUUUUUUUCCACCCUCUGAAUGUUACUCAUAUUUUCCAGUUACAAAGGGUUUAGCUGAUGAAGAUUAAAAAUAAACGAGCAUUUAUGUUUCUAGGAAACACUUAGUAAGCAAAUAGUUAAUGUGGUGCUUUAAGAUAAAAACUUGUGCUCUG